AUGGUAGUAAAAGAAAUUCACACUUUUGAACCGCAGGUUGCUGCUGAGGCAUCAUACAGCGGUUUUGGUGGGGGCUUCAGUGUGGGUGUUGGUUCACAAAAAGAUGCAAAACAACAAGUGAGUAACACCAACAAGGAACAAUAUGAGUACUAUAUUGGUGGAAACCCUCCAGCUGGAGAUUUCUCAGAAGGAAGUACGGAGAGUCUCAGAGAGUGGGCAACAUCCGCCGAUGAGAAACCAGUGCCAAUUCAGUAUAAGAUGACGUCUAUUGAUACGUUGUUGAAACCUGGAUACUUUAAUGACAUCACAUAUGGUUUGUUUGAACGACGCCGAUGUCUGCGUAAAGCCCUGUAUACCUAUUGUACGCAGACGGUGUCACCCUCCCUUUGUAACCCACCAGACGAUUCCUACAUAUCACAGGGGGCACGACGUAAAAGACAAGCUACUGACGUCACCAAUGCUAUCGAUAUUAUUAAGUUUGGUGAUUUUUUCACUGUUGAGAAUAUUAAGACAAGGAAAUUUUUAGCGUUGUCCAAUUCUACUGGCUACCUCAACGGAGUCGUUACCAAACCCUUGGUACCAGUUGAUAGCAUUACGGAUUAUAACGGACUUUUUCAAAUCAAAUCGAUUGAAGGGGAUUCUACAACAUUGGGAACUCCAUUGGCGUAUGGUCAGAGUUUCAAGCUCGCCUCCUUGGAGGGCGAAGAUAUGUUCAUCGGAAGACAGUUCAUUGAAGAUGUCAGUGAAGCUCCAGAGAGUAAACUCGAAACUGCGUUUGAAGGAAAAGAUCGAAGAAAAUUUGUGGCAAACGGGGAUAUCACAGACUUUUCUAUAUUCUUAAAAGCAGACAAAGAGCGACCAUAUUUGGUAAGCUUGAAAUUACGGUGCGAUAGAUCAUCAUCAUUACAAUAUCAAGUUAAUAUAGAAGGAGCAGAAAGAACAGCGCAGUUUGACGUGAAAAGUAAUUGCAAACCUCAUCUGAACGGAAGAUGGUAUCAUAGUGCGUUUUCUGACAACAGGAUUGGAGCGAUGCAGAGUGUUACUUUCAUGGGAACAGAAGGAUUGGAAGCUAUCAUUGGUUUUCAGAUUCGAACCAGCGAUAAUCGUAAAAUCUUCAAAUACAAGCAAGAUAGAUUAAACAUAAGGGGAUAUGAAAAAACAAUUCAAAUGAACACACCAGAAAAUAUAUGGUUUCUUUCUUCAGAAAUUGACAUAUACCCCGCCCAGUUUUCAUUCCAUAGUAAGAAUCACCCAGCCGGAAGUGUCGUCAGACGUCAGGACAUUGUAUUUGUAGAGGUGGUUUCUGCUAUUGAUAGAAAGAAGUUUUGGGGUAAACCAGUGUCGCAUCUGCUGUCCAAUAAAAACCGAAUGGUCACUAUAGAAGAAAAAGAACCUGCACCACACAAGAUUAAAUCAGACUGCAAUGGUAUCAUUUUCCCCGACAAUAACAGACUUGGCGUGAGAAUUAAUCUGAAUAACAGUUACUUUGUAUCUUUUGCUGUAGAUGUUAUGAUUACCAACAUUGUAAUCAGGACCAAAAAAGAAUUCCAAGCAAAUAACUUUAGAGUAGAAUAUAUCAGUAGAAACAGUUCAAGUUUUCAACAACUGCAGGACAUUAUUCGAGAUCCCAACAGAGGAAGUACAAAGGCUAUUAGCAUUAAGUUCCCCAAAAUGUACUUAUCUGCCAUUAAAGUAUUUGUAGGGGAUGUUGUAGCUUUUGUACAAAAUGUUGAAAGCAUCCUAAUCAGAGGUUGCCCUAGUGCUCUUUUGGAAGAAAAGUCACAGGAUACCUCUGCCGAAGAAUGGGAGCUAAAACGCAGCGAGAACCAACUCCAGAGGUAUCCAUUCCUAAGAGUUGUAACAAUGCAACAAAAUGGAUCUAAUUUUGAUAGAAUUUUUGAGGAAAUAGAAAAGCCAUUCCUCAAGGUGAAUUACAGAAAAGAUAUAGCUAUUGAUCCAAAUGCAAGAAGAUGCAAAGUUGACGAGAGAUACAUCCAAAAUUAUCUGAUGACCUCUGACGAAGUUGAAGGGCUGAAGUUUCAGAAUACUCGAAUAUCCUCUUCACUAAGCUCCAUAACUAUCAUAACUGAUGUAAUGGCCAUGAAUAAGAUAAUGUACGAGCAGAAUAUGCCAGCAUUAGAUAGCUUGCUUCUCAUGUCCGUUCAACGAUAUCCUUGUGAUUUUCAACAGGCACCUUUUUUCGCUACCCAGCAGUCUCUAAAAGAAAAAUCAAGCAUAUCAACAGCAGGCGUUAUAUCUCUUACUGUUCUGGCGAUUUCAGUUCUGAUUGCUUCUUUGGCUAUAUUUGUUGUAUGUGGAGUAAUACGACGUCGAACAGUAAAGAGGGAUUCGUCCGUACAUGUGCGUCAAAUUGACGACAAAAGCGUAUUUGAAAAUGAUGAUAGAAAGGACGAGGCUCCACAACAGGUAUAUACAAACAGAGGAUAUGAAGUCGAAGAAGAAGUCAAUGUGCCUUCAAUUUAUAAUUGACAGAGAAAAAGUUUACAUCUUCAUAACAAUUUCUGUCCAGAGAAAAUAAAUAAUAACAUUAUAUCAACAGUGUUAGAAUAAUUUUUUGUAGAUUCCAUAUAUGAGAAAGGAUAAAUGCAUAAGCUUAUGUAUUCGUAAACUGUUUUGUUAAAGAGGGAUCACUGCAAAGAGUCAGAUUAUUUUAUUUAAUUAUUCAAAAGCUCUCAUUUCAUUUUUUUUUUCAAGUUUCAAAUAUGUUUAUAUACAAGCAAUGUAUGCAUGCUAAUUAAGAAUUCAUAUUCAGAUGUAUAUUGUCUUAUGCAAGGUUAUCUGAACUUGUUCUGAAACUCAUAUUUGACCUAUUGUGAUAUUAUGUUUCAAAUCAUUUUGUACCUUUUGAUAGAGAUUAUUGUAUCAGAUAUUAGUAAUGUGUUAUUAACUUAAAGAUCAGAGAUAAGAAAGGCUAAAAAAGCAAACGCUCGUAUAGAGGGAUCACUUUUAAGAGACAGAUUAAUUUAUUUGAUGACUCAGAAGCUCUCAUUCAUUUUUUCAAGUUUCAAAUAUGUUUAUAUACAUGAACUGUAUGUAUGCUAAUCAAGAAUUUAUAGUCCGAUGUAUAUUGUCUUAUGAAAGGCUAUCUUUACUUGUUCUGAAACUCACAUUUGACCUAUUUUAACAGAAUUGUCUUUUGUACCCUACUUGUUACGACAAACUAUUAAACAAAUAAAGGAG